CACGUCAGCUUUACGUCUCCAAAUUUCUUACUUCACGGAUCUGCUUCAAAGAGGCAGCUGCAUUAGAGAAUCAUGUUAAGCUCGGCUAAUGCGGAGAGCCCGAGGUAGCCCUCAUGAUGGAUUUUGAUGAGCGUGUCCCUUGCUCCUCUAAUAUGUAUUUGCCCAGUUGUACUUACUACGUGUCGGGUCCUGAUUUCUCCAGCCUCCCUUCCUUCCUGCCCCAGACCCCGUCUUCUCGCCCCAUGACAUACUCGUACUCCUCCAACCUACCCCAGGUCCAACCUGUGCGAGAAGUCACCUUCCGGGAGUAUGCCAUUGAUCCGGCCAGUAAAUGGCACCCCAGGAACAAUCUCGCCCACUGCUACUCGGCAGAGGAGAUCAUGCACAGGGACUGCCUGCCUGCCACCAACACCGCCGCCGCCGCCGCCGCCGCCGCGAGCAUGGGCGAGAUGUUCGGGAAAAGCACCGCCAACGUCUACCACCACCACCCCAACGCCGCCGCCACCAACGCCGCCGCCGCCGCCAGCAAUUUCUAUAGCACGGUGGGCAGGAACGGGGUGCUGCCGCAAGCUUUCGACCAGUUUUUCGAGACGGCUUACGGCACGGCCGAGAACCACGCGGACUAUGCGGGAGACAAGAACAGCGAGAAAAUGCCGCCCGGAGGAGCCGCUUCGGUGGCGGCGGCGGCGGCGGCGGCUGCCGCCACGGCCGCCGCCGCCUCGGCUGCAACUUCAAGUUCGGACGCCAGCUGCGGCAGGGAGGCGGCGGCGGCGGGGGCGGCGAGCGCCGCGGCGGCGGCGGCCGAGGAGAAAGAGAGGCGGAGAAGGACGGAGAGCAGCAGCAGCAGCAGCCCCGCUUCGUCUUCCGGCAACAAUGAGGAGAAAUCCAGCAGCUCCAGUGGACAACGUACCCGUAAAAAGCGAUGCCCAUACACCAAAUAUCAGAUUAGAGAAUUAGAGAGGGAAUUCUUCUUCAGUGUCUAUAUAAACAAAGAGAAACGCCUCCAGCUCUCCCGAAUGCUCAACUUGACCGACCGUCAAGUAAAAAUAUGGUUCCAAAACAGAAGAAUGAAAGAGAAAAAAAUUAACAGGGACCGAUUGCAAUAUUAUUCAGCUAACCCACUACUUUAAAAACAAGCAAAGGGGGGGAAAACUCCUAGCAUUUUUCAAGAUGAGAUUAAAUUCAGAUCUCGCCCUUGACAAGGUCAAGCCACAGGGUUACCUAUA